AUGGAUUUGGAAAUGGAAGCUAUAGAAAAAAAUAAGACAUGGGAGCUUGUAAGUCUGCCGAAAGGGAUGAAGAAAAUUGGUGUCAAAUGGGUUUUUAGAACAAAGUUGAAUGAAAAGGGAGAAGUAGAUAAAUGCAAAGCACGUUUGGUAGUCAAAGGUUAUGCUCAGAGGUAUGGGAUCGAUUACAGCGAGGUUUUUGCACCUGUGGCUCGUUGGGACACCAUAAGAUUGAUCUUAGCUCUAGCUGCGCAGAAAGGGUGGAUUGUUUUCCAACUAGAUGUCAAGAGUGCGUUUCUUCAUGGGGAAUUGAAAGAGGCAGUAUACGUGGAGCAGCCAGAAGGCUAUGUUCGUAAAGGAGAAGAGCAUAAAGUCUUGAAGCUUAAGAAAGCUCUCUACGGCUUGAAACAGGCUCCAAGAGCCUGGUACAGUAGAAUCGAAGGAUUCUUCAUGAAGGAGGGUUUUGAGAAAUGCAGUCAUGAGCACACAUUGUUCCUCAAACAUGAAGUUGGAGGGAAUGAUGUGGAGCUAUGUGAGAAGUUUAAGAAAUCAAUGAAGCUAGAGUUUGACAUGAGUGAUUUGGGGAAGAUGAAGUACUUUCUAGGAGUUGAGGUUCAGCAGAGUUGUGAAGGGAUACAUUUAUGCCAAAGGAAGUAUGCUGGGGAGGUGUUGGAAAGGUUUGGAAUGGAAGGCUGCAAUCCCGUGAAAAACCCUAUCGUGCCAGGCACGAAAUUGGUGAAAGAUGGUGGAGAAGUCAGUGUGAAUUCAACCUUGUUCAAGCAGCUGAUUGGCAGCUUGAUGUACCUAUCAGUCACUAGACCAGACAUUGCAUUUGUUGUUUGCAUGUUAAGCAAGUUCAUGGCAGAUCCAAAAGUAUCUCAUAUGGCAGCAGCAAAGCGGGUUCUCAGGUAUGUGAAAGGGUCUGUGAACUUAGGAGUGUUUUAUGGAAGGGGUGCUGAGAAUUUGGGAAUAAUUUAUGAGAAAAAUUCUGAAGUUGUUCUUAAGGCCUAUACCGACAGUGACUAUGCUGGUGAUACAGAUGAUAGAAGAAGCACUUCUGGAUAUGUGUUUCUUCUAAGUGGUGGUGCAGUUGCAUGGAGCUCAAGAAAGCAACCAGUUGUGACCCUUUCUACCACCGAAGCAGAAUAUGUAGCUGCUGUGGCAUGUGCUUGCCACAGUAUCUGGAUGAAAAGAGUACUCAACAGUCUCGGUUUCUCUUCAUUUCUCCAUGGAAGAACCAAACACAUAGAUGUGAGGUUCCACUUCUUACGUGAUCUGGUCAAGGAAGGUGUUGUGGAGUUAGUUCAUUGUGGUACUAGUGAGCAGGUAGCAGACAUCAUGACAAAGCCUUUGAAGUUAGAGUCGUUUGUGAAACUGCGUGAUCUACUGGGAGUUCAAAGCAUGAAGCUUAUAAACUGA